ACUGAUUUGAAGAUUUGACUUCCACGGAAUUAUCCUCGAGAGAGAGGGUUUACCAAGGAUACAGGGCCAAUAUGGGUAUAUGCUUCCUUGUUAUCCUAUUCAGCAGCUGCUUAACAUACCUAGGUGUUGCCAAUAUGACUUCAGUACAACCAUCGACGGAGAGCCCCUUGUCCACCGGUUUAUUGAAGCUGGUACGCAGUUCGCAGUCAACUAGUGUGAAAUCCACAAGCUCAGUGAAGAGGCCGACCACGUCACCCACCGUGUCUCCGACGGUGGUACAAAGCCACGCUCCUCCGAAAGAGCCAGAAUUCGCAGGCACCACAACCAUCACCUUGCCCAGCGUGGGAGUGGCAACAACUUCACACAAAACUCUGCCCACUUCUGGGCCCACCACCAUCCCACCCAAUGCCACAGAAUCACCUCUCAAUGUCACAACCACAAAUAAAACCUUGAUGACUGUGGAGGCCAACGUCACAACUGCUCUGGCUACUUCGCAAGCCUUUAACACCGCAAAUGAUUCGGAUCCUCGACGAGAUGAAACACCAAUCAUUGCAGUAAUGGUGGCGUUAUCCUCCUUGCUAGUCAUAGUAUUUAUUAUUAUUGUCCUGUACAUGUUAAGGUUCAAAAAACACAAGCAGGCAGGGAGCCACUCCAAUUCCUUCCACUUGUCCAAUGGCCGGGCAGAUGAUGUAGAACCCCAGAGCAUGCCACUGCUUGCCAGAUCCCCCAGCACCAACAGGAAAUACCCACCAUUGCCUGUGGAUAAACUGGAGGAGGACAUUAACCGGCGCAUGGCAGACGACAACAAGCUCUUCCGUGAGGAAUUCAGUGCACUUCCAGCAUGUCCUAUCCAGGCUACCUGUGAAGCUGCCUCUAAAGAAGAAAACAAGGAGAAGAACAGAUACGUCAACAUUUUGCCUUAUGAUCAUUCCAGAGUUCAUCUGACACCUAUAGAAGGAGUUCCAGACUCUGAUUAUAUCAAUGCCUCAUUCAUUAAUGGGUAUCAGGAGAAGAACAGAUUUAUUGCUGCACAAGGACCAAAAGAAGAAACCGUGAACGACUUCUGGAGAAUGAUUUGGGAGCAAAACACAGCCACAAUUGUUAUGGUGACCAAUCUGAAGGAGAGGAAAGAGUGUAAAUGCGCCCAAUAUUGGCCGGAUCAGGGCUGCUGGACAUACGGGAAUAUCCGAGUGUCUGUGGAAGAUGUGACGGUCCUGGUUGACUACACGGUGCGGAAAUUCUGCAUUCAACAGGUGGGCGACGUCACCAAUAAAAAGCCUCAGCGCCUCGUGACGCAAUUCCACUUCACCAGCUGGCCUGACUUUGGGGUCCCUUUCACCCCUAUUGGGAUGCUGAAGUUCCUGAAGAAAGUGAAGACGUGUAACCCCCAAUAUGCUGGCGCCAUUGUGGUCCACUGCAGUGCUGGUGUGGGACGAACAGGAACGUUCAUUGUGAUCGAUGCCAUGCUGGACAUGAUGCAUGCGGAGAAGAAGGUAGACGUUUAUGGGUUUGUGAGCCGAAUCCGGGCCCAGCGCUGCCAGAUGGUGCAGACUGAUAUGCAGUAUGUAUUCAUCUAUCAAGCUCUUCUAGAGCAUUACUUAUAUGGAGACACAGAAUUGGAGGUGACCUCACUGGAGGUCCACCUCCAGAAGAUUUACAACAAAAUUCUGGGGAGCAGCAGCAAUGGAUUAGAGGAAGAGUUUAAGAAACUUACCUCCAUCAAAAUUCAAAACGACAAAAUGAGAACGGGCAAUCUGCCAGCCAACAUGAAGAAAAACAGGGUGCUGCAGAUAAUUCCAUAUGAAUUCAACCGGGUGAUCAUUCCAGUGAAGAGGGGUGAGGAAAAUACAGAUUACGUAAAUGCUUCCUUUAUUGACGGUUACCGUCAAAAGGAUUCCUACAUUGCCAGCCAAGGGCCUCUCCAGCACACCAUUGAGGACUUCUGGCGGAUGAUCUGGGAGUGGAAGUCAUGCUCCAUUGUGAUGUUGACGGAGCUGGAAGAGAGGGGCCAGGAGAAGUGCGCUCAGUACUGGCCUUCAGACGGCUCUGUAUCUUACGGAGAUAUCACUGUGGAACUGAAGAAGGAAGAGGAGUGUGAGAGCUACACGGUGCGGGACCUGCUGGUGACGAAUAACAGGGAAAACAAAAGCCGGCAAAUCCGACAGUUCCACUUCCAUGGUUGGCCAGAGGUUGGAAUCCCCAGCGAUGGGAAAGGCAUGAUCAAUAUCAUUGCAGCAGUGCAGAAACAGCAGCAACAGUCUGGGAAUCACCCCAUCACUGUGCAUUGCAGUGCUGGAGCAGGACGAACAGGGACUUUUUGCGCAUUGGGGACUGUCCUGGAAAGGGUCAAGGCUGAAGGAAUUCUGGAUGUCUUUCAGACAGUGAAAAGUCUGAGGUUACAGAGGCCACACAUGGUGCAAACACUGGAACAGUACGAAUUCUGCUACAAGGUGGUUCAGGAAUAUAUUGACGCCUUUUCAGAUUAUGCCAACUUCAAGUGAACCUGACGUGACAGAAGAAAAGAGUUGCCUUCUUUAAUACUUUGUAAUAUUCUGUUUGUUAAUAUCCCUGUCCCCAAAUGUGUAUAUAUCUUAACUGUUCUAGAGGGUUGGUACCAUAAGAUUGCUAUUCGCUUGAGAUUUUAUAUGUAGCAAAAGUGUUAGAAGAGAGAUUGUAGGCACUUUUUUUUCCAAUGUUUUAUUGGGGAAUUAAAUAGUGUGAUAUUUGGAUUAAUAUUGUCAAAACUCUCUCCUGGAGAGUUUAUGCAGGCUGUUUUUGUUUUGUAAAUCUUUUUUUUUUCCCUUGAGGGAGUAAAGCUUUUUAAAAACCAAAUGAGAUUCUUCCUAUCAGCUGUUUCUUUUAAAAGAAAAAAAGUGGCACACAAAUACCAUUUUUUUAAAAAGCUUUUUUUCCCCUCCCCAUUCCCUUGGAAGGUGAUUUCAUUAUUUUCAAGGGUUUUUUUUUUAAAGAAUGUUUAGCAGAUAUUUUUGUGGAAGAGGAAGAAAGUUGCCCCUUUUGCGUCUCUCCCCAAAGCUCUUGAGUAUAGGCAGUUCCUCUCCACUUGAAAGUAUGAGAUCUUCCCUGCACCUUGGAAUUCACGCUGGAUGCUCCUGGCCGAUGUUAUAAACCACCAUCUUUGGAGAACCGGGGAUCCCAGCUCAGAUGAAGAAGGUGCUCCAUUUUUGGAUCAUCUGCAAAGGUGCUUCUGAACAUUUGGGGUGUGGCAGGCAGACAUGGACACCUUCUCAGUCCCUUCUUUCUUGUGACUACUAGCAAGUUUUCCAGCUGAACCCCUGGAGGCCGGAAUGCUCCAACCUGACCUGUCUCCUUUUGGCACCUUUGUGCAUUUUGCACUGGCAACACUGCCUGUAAUGGAAUCACCUACAUGGCAGCUUCCGUUUGUGUUGCUCAUUUCACUUUUAUCCAGCUUGGAAGUGUAACUACGUGUGAUGCGCAGUGCAGUCCUGCCAUCUCCCCCCUUCCUGCAGUUUUAGGCAGAUGUGCCCAUGGUGGAUUGCCAUCUUCUCACCCAUUCCCUGCCUUUGCAAUGUGGGCUGAUAAAGCAGAGCAGAAACAUUCCCAAAAUUACGACUCUCUAAACAUCCCGGAAAGAGGUGGGUCCCCCCCUCACCCCAUAUGUGGGCUCACAUGUCCUCCCCUCUUUAUAUAGAGCUCUCGAUUUCCAGAAGUUUAGCUGAAAUUCUUGUGGAGUUUUUUGAAGAGAAUAGGUAACAUUUUCUUAAGCUUCGCACACCUUGACAGCCAUAAGCUGCCCUUCUCCAACUUGGAUCAUUCCGAAUGCCCUGGGAUUUCAGCUUCCAAAAUUUCUGGGCUAAGUGGGAAAAAACUGCCUUUGGCCUAUUUCCUUCUUCUCUGAGACAGCUGUGCUCAGCAGGCCUCCCCCUGGCUAGUUGGCAGAAGUGAUUCAUGCUGUAAAACUUGGAUUUUUUCGCUAAGGUCAAAUGAAAAAUGUACAGGGUCCUGUUGGAUCAGAACGCGUUCCCAUCUUUGGAAAAUGAAGAUGGGACAUGGAAGGAGAAUGCGGGAAUCUCUUUGUGAAACAGGCCUUUCUUUCCAACCCGUAUUGUCUUCGUGUCUCUUAGUACGCCCAAUUUUUUACUUUGGGAGAGCAGCUUUUUGUGUUUACAAGGGUACGCUAGUUUUUGAAAAAGUCCACCAAAAAUAACAAAAAGGGAAAAAAGGAGAAACUUCAUUUAAAAAAACGCAUACAUAUGAAUACAUACAUAAAACAGCUCACCAGAUACUGUAGUGUAACCUUGAAAUUUGCCAAAAGAGGUGGGAUGAAAGGAAGCCCUCAAAAUGUAUCUUAUCACCAAAAAUCCUGCCCCCCCAGAUCCAAAAUUGUGAUUAGAUGGUUUGAAAAUGCCCUUCUGCACUCCUUUAUCAGAAAUAAAUACCCUCAUUUGAACACUGGGAGAGCCACAUAUGUCAGCCACCACUUUUCAGGCCGAGUGAGGAAUUUCCCCCUCUGUAGGUGAGAAAUGCUUCCUCUCUUUUAAGGGGUAGAGACAUGCUAAGAAAGUCCUUGUCUUGGGGACCCAUCUCUGGGUAUAGAGAGAGGGAGGUGAUCCCUUGUCCUUCUCAGUUGACCUACGUUAGGGUUGCUUCUACCACGGACCUCCAUGGCUGGCGAGGACCUUUUGAUGCUGAAGUGCAGCCAGCCUUGUGUCUACUCAUGAGCUCUAUAGAGAGGGUGAGUUACGUCUGUCAUCUGUUGAGAGAGGUGCCUGGACCAGAGAGCAAAAUGCCAAGAUCAUACCACUGCAUGAUAACCAAGUAGGAAGCAUUGACCUCAACCUUACGUGGAGACCUAGGUAUCUUUCUGGACUGUGAUGUGGUGACAUGCUGCAGGACAUACAUCACCCCAUACGUAUUGGAUGUGAUUCUUCCCACCCACCCCAACCUGGAGUUACAUGCCUCUUCUUUUCCUCCUUUUUCCUUUUCCUCUCUCUGUUAGAAGCAUACCAUCAAUUACAACUCCUACUAGGAUUUGUCCAAGAGCCAUUACUCAGGAGGAAACAAAUGUUUGGAGGGAAUAGACAGGCAGUGAUGUGCCUGCCAAAAGAACCUGUUUCUCCCACUUCAUUCAUUCAUCCUUCAUUUUCUUUUUCAUGAAUUCCAUUCAUUGUCUCUUCAUGUGCCAGCAUCCAUUCAGAAUUGAGCAAUCCCUGUUUCUGCAUUCCUCCAUCUGCCUUUCAUCAUUCUUUUUCGAGGACAGCACGUACACAAUGGAAAGAGGGUUGGGUUUGUGCCAGCUUCCCCAUAUUUCAUCUUGUUCGCUCCCUUCCUUGCACCCCCCCCCAAAAAAAAAAUGCACCCAAAGGCAUUUUUGUUUCCCUUCCUCCCUCGGUCACAUGCACUCUCUGCUUCUGCAUGGCAUGCGGGUUGCUUUUGGUGAGGUGGACAGUCAAAAUAGGCAUGCCACAUCUGGGCUGCAGCAAUCCAGGUAGACCACUGGAGGCACCAAACAGUGAAUUGGCUUGAAACUCUUUACAGCCCCCUAGUGGUGGUUUCUGUUUCUGUGGACCAGCCAUUUAGGUCCACAGUCCAGCUAGGUUAUGCCUGGGGGAAACACCAGCAGCCUCGAUCAGCAUCAAGACGGAAGAUUUUUGCUUCUACUUCCCCCGUCCCCCGUCCCCAAUCUUUUUAUGGCAGGAAAUAUGAGGGCAAAAUCAGCCAAGGGCAGGGUGGUGAGAGGCAGCGAGCACUCAGACCACCUCCCUCCCCCUCCCAAGGGCUACGCAUGGCUGUGAGUCACGCCUCUGGGAUGCAGCUCUUUCUUCCAUGUGGUUCUUCCAGCAGAGCAUUCAUGAUGCAGGCAGGGUGCCUUUCAAGCAGAGGAGCAUCAGUCCUUAGGUGCUACGAUGGCUGAUAGGGAAACCAUCCUACUCAUCAGCCUUCCUCGACCUUGUGCCCUCCAGACGUGGUGCAUCUCAACUGUCCGACUUGCUAGCCGGCUUGAAGUCCAAAGCGCUGGGAAGAAUCCCGCUGGGCAAGGUUGCUCUGCUUCUGAGAUACUGAAGAAUCCCUGCAUGAAAUGAUGCUUGGGAGGUCCUGGACUCUAUCCUUGCUAUUUGCCAGCAAAAGCAUCUUGUAUGAAGAAUCUGGGAAGGUGAUGCCAGUCCAGAGAACCAGGGUUGAUCUUUAUGGGCCAUAGAACUGGCUCAGUAUAAAACAGAUCCUCAUGGUCCAUCACACUCCAAGAAAAGUAUGGGACAUGGAUGAGGAGGUCUUGGUACAGGCAGUCCCCCCUCUGUGCUGGCACAUCCCAACUUGCAGAGCCUUUCACUCUGGCUGAAACCCGGAGCAAGUGGUUGUUGGAACCCUGGCUACCCUAUAUAAGCGUCUCUCCAUAAUAAAGCUACACUUAUAAACCAAUUGUGGUGUUGGUAUGCUCAUAAAUAGCAACUGUUGUCUCUCUCGCUUUUGUUCUCUCAUUUGGCUUGCAAUUAGAGGGGGCAUCAUAGCUGCCUUAACCAGAGAGGUCAAGCUCUGUGCCAAAACCGAGUCUCUUGUCCCCUGCAGAUCUGCCCCAUGAACACGCCAAGGCAGACCAGUCAAAUUUCAUCUCCCUUCUGGUGGUCUCUGUAAUUGUAAUUCCAUUCUGCCUCAUUCCGAAUGUCUUAAUAUCUUGUAUUUAUUUUUGUUGACCAAGUAAAUGCUUUUCUUUUUAUUUUUUAA